AUCAGUCGAUCGAUCGGAUCUUCAACCGUCUCUUUACGGGAACCCGGAGCAGCGACGCCGUCGUCAUGGGAAACUCUUCCGAGGAUUCGUCCGUGUUUCUGGACGGUCGGACGAAAAACGAUUUUAGUUUAAACUUCACCGACUCCUCGUUUAACGAGACGUUGAUUUUCCCGACGACGGAGUUUGAUCCGUUAGGACGACACACGGUCUGGCAGGUCGUGGUCAUCGUCCUCUUCACCGGGUCUCUGUCUCUGGUCACCGUCGUCGGGAACGUCCUGGUUUUCCUGUCGUUCCGGAUCAACAAGGCUCUGAAGACGGUGAACAACUACUACCUGCUGAGCCUGGCGUUCGCCGACCUGACGAUCGGAACGUUGUCCAUGAACCUGUACACGACGUACAUCAUCAUGGACCAGUGGGCGCUGGGGCCACUGGUGUGUGACCUGUGGUUGACCAUCGACUACGUGGCUAGCAACGCGUCGGUCAUGAACCUGCUGGUCAUCAGCUUUGACAGGUAUUUCUCUGUGAUGCGGCCGUUGUCCUACCGGGCCAAGCGUACGACCAAGCGAGCCAUGACGAUGAUCGGCCUGGCCUGGUCCGUGUCCUUCGUGCUCUGGGCUCCGGCCAUCUUGUUCUGGCAGUUCAUCGUGGGCGAGCGGACGGUGCAGCCCAACGAGUGCUACAUCCAGUUCCUGUCGGAGCCCGUCAUCACCUUCUGCACCGCCAUCGCCGCCUUCUACCUGCCCGUCUCCAUCAUGGCCGUGCUGUUCUGGAAGAUCUACCAGGAGACCCAGAAACGGGCCAAGGACGUGCAGAGCCUGAGGGGCUCGGGGGCGGCCAACCCAACGCAGAACCAGAACCAGAACCAGGAGAAAAAGAGCGGGAAAGGUGCGGCCAAUCAGAGGAAUUCCACGGCCAUGGUUCGACAAACCAGCUCCCAAAGCUGCAGUAGCAGCGAGCUAAACCAGAAGGUUUCAGGGAACCAGGAAGAGAACGACGGUGCAGGGGAAUCCAACCCUCCAACAGCUCAUAAGAAGUCUUGGCUAAAGCUGAAAAGGAAAGGUAAAGCGUCGCUGGUUAAAAGAGGAACGAACAGCGACGCGUCCGGCUGCGACCAGUCGCCGCCGUUAGCCGCCGCGACGGCUAAAGACGCCAAAAACUCGUCCAAGAACGAGAAGAAGUCCAACGACAAGAAGGCGGCGCAGACGCUGAGCGCCAUCCUGCUGGCGUUCGUGAUGACGUGGCUGCCGUACAACAUCAUGGUUCUGGUCAACACUUUCUGCCGCGACUGCGUCCCCGAGACGCUGUGGGCGCUAGGCUACUGGCUGUGCUACGUCAACAGCACCGUCAACCCCAUGUGCUACGCUCUCUGCAACAAGACCUUCCGCUCCACGUUCAGGGACAUCCUGACCUGCCGCUGGAACCGGAGGAAGAACCAGACGCAGCUUCGCCAGCAGAGGAAAUAGUUAGUAAAAUUAAAGCUGCAGCAGGGAUGUACGGCCCUCCACCCUGGUGCAGGUUCAGGCUGCAGUGGAAGCUUGUAUGACUUGAUGUAGAUUCUUCAGAAUUGGACAUUUAGCGGAUGAAACCACCCACGCCUCUCUAUAUCAAACCAUUCAAAAGUUACGGUAGAAAGUAGAAACUAUCACUAAUGAACCAAUCAGAUGAAGGCGGGGGUGCACUUUUUGGCGUCUAGCGUCGCCACGGUAACGCUUUUGACUGAGAAAAGUAAUGCGUGUAGUCGCAGGAUGGAGACGCACAUUUUGAUGUAUAACACACCUGGGUGCACGUUACGGUUCGGGCUGAAUUAACUGCCGAAGGAAUGGCAUACAUUGCGCCAAAAUGACACGAUUAAUUUAAAAUGUCCGACUUCCUGUUGGGUUUGGGCCAUGGCUCCAAGAGACUUUUCUUUAAGUUUAGGGGGAAAAAAGACCCUCAUUUAGUCGGAAGAAAGAAAGAAGAAAAAUGAAAUAAAAAAAUUCCCACAGAUACAAUAGGGCCUUCGCACUGUAAGUGCUCGGGCCCUAACUAGAAACAAAAUUCCCUGGAAAUGUUGAAGUGCCACGGGACUACUGCCGGAUGAUUGCGAUUUUGAUGACAUUCCCUAUAUCAAACCUUUCAAAAGUUAUUGCAGAAAAUAGGGACCAUCAAAUAUCGACCAAUCAGAAGAAGGGGCGGGGCUAAUUUGCACUAAUUAAGGUGAAGGGCUCAAAACCGAGUGUGAUGACACCACCCACGACUCUUUAUGUCAAACCAUUCAAAAGUUAUGGCAUUUAAUGAUGGUUAUUUACUGUGUGUGUGUGUGUGAAAAAAACACAGAUUUCGGCUUCUGACAAGGUCUCAAAUAACUCAGAUUUGUGAUCAAACCGUAGCUCGUUGCAGAAAAACAAAAACAUCGUGAGAGACACAGAACCCGGCAGAUUCUGACAAUCUUAAUUUUAUUCAGAUAUUCCUUAAAAUGAGUGAGUAAGGUCAGUGUGAAGACAGAGUGAGAUUCUUUUGAAGGAAACGUUUGAUUACAUUACAGUGAAUGGAGACCGAGGCAGGAAUUGGUGCCACUUUAGCCCCCCCCCGUUUAAAUUUUGUGCAUACCCCGCCUGUCAAAGUCACAUUUUAUGAAUCCCAACACCUAUGUCUACAUUCUGACCAAAAACUAUUUGUCUCCUUUUUACGGUUUGGCCGUGAGCUUGAGUUACAAAUAAAAAUUCAGGUUAUUUUUUUACUGUUUCUGCCACUCUAGCAACCGACACCCGCACUCUAGAUUUGACGAAAAAGUGAUUUCCAGUCCUCGCUUGAGUGCUCAUAUCUUGAAAAGUUUACAUCUUAGGAAAAAACUGUUUGGUGUUUUGCAGAGAAGAGAGGUUUUCCUCCGUUUUGAAGUUUGAAUGACAUUUCCACGUGCAGGUAUGGGAAAGUUAGGUGACUAAGAAAAAAGGUGAAUUUUUUUUUACCUCUUCUUUGAAUGAGGUUUUUUGGCCGGUUUGUUGGGAAUAACUUUGGGAAAA